GACAUCCGGCCGUCAUCUGGAUUGUAGUUCACUUCCGUUUAUCCCCGAACCUUUACGCCUUUUUGAGGAUUUUCGACAGAUUUGUGUUUUAGGAACAUCAUGGGUGCGUGUUUAGCGCUCGGGUCCCUCGCCAGUUGCGCAUCCUGUCUAUGCGGCUCGGCCUCCUGCCUGCUGUCAUCGUGUUGCCCUUCAACCUUCAACUCCACGAUCAGCCGGCUGGCUUUCUCCUUCCUGCUGCUGCUCGGGACGCUAGUCUCCAUCAUCAUGAUCCUUCCAGGCAUGGAGGAACACCUGAAAAAGAUUCCUGGUUUCUGUGUGGGCGGGUCCGGCCUACCUGGCAUACAGAACAAGAUGAACUGCGACAUCAUUGUGGGUUACAAGUCUGUGUACCGCAUGUGCUUUGCCAUGGCCUGCUUCUUCUUCCUGUUUUCCAUCAUCAUGAUCCGAGUGCGCACCAGCAAGGACCCCCGAGCUGCCAUCCAGAACGGGUUCUGGUUCUUUAAGUUUCUGCUGCUUGUUGGCAUCACUGUGGGAGCGUUUUACAUCCCAGAUGGGUCUUUUAACAUGGUGUGGUACUACUUUGGCGUGGUGGGCUCCUUUGUCUUCAUCAUCAUCCAGCUCAUCCUGCUGAUCGACUUUGCUCAUUCCUGGAACCAGUCCUGGCUGGAGAGGGCCGAAAACGGAAACCGCAAGUGCUGGUUUGGAGCUCUGCUGUCUUUCACUUUCAUCCACUACGCCUUGGCCUUCACCGCCGUCGUCCUUUUCUACGUCUUUUACACUCAAACGGAUGACUGCACUGAGCACAAGGUCUUCAUCAGCCUCAACCUUCUGUUCUGCAUCGCUCUAUCCGUCGUGUCAAUCCUGCCAAAGGUUCAGGAGGCUCAGCCCACAUCCGGUCUGCUGCAGGCCUCCCUCAUCUCCCUCUACACCAUGUACGUCACCUGGUCGGCCAUGACCAACAACCCCAAUAAGCGGUGUAACCCCAGUCUGCUGAGUCUGGUCCAGCAUCCUGGUGCCACUCCACCACCUGGACCCGCUCCCACUGAGGCCCCAGGGAAAGCGCAGUGGUGGGACGCUCAGGGCAUCGUGGGAUUGAUUAUCUUCUUGUUCUGCACCCUCUACGCCAGCAUCCGCUCCUCCAACAACGCUCAGGUCAACCGGCUGAUGCAGACGGAGGAGGGGGAGGGUCUGACCGUGGAUGCGGGGGAUUCCACAGACGAGAAGGGAGUCCGGCGUGCCGUGGACAACGAGGAGGACGGGGUGACCUACAGCUACUCCUUCUUCCACUUCAGCCUCUUCCUGGCUUCACUCUACAUCAUGAUGACUCUCACCAAUUGGUACAUGCCCAACACAGACUACGAGUCUAUGCAGACCGCCAUGCCGGCCGUCUGGGUGAAGAUCAGCUCCAGCUGGAUCGGCCUGGCCCUCUACCUGUGGACUCUGGUGGCACCGCUGGUGCUGCCUGACAGAGAUUUCAACUAAGGGGGGUCUGUGUUGGGGAUCAGGUGUUCAGCACUGCCAGAAAAAGGUUUUACUGGUGAAUGCUGAAUCAAACCUCCUCAGAAACACAUUCCAGCUUUCACUUGUUCUCGCUUCCCAGCACUCUGAUGAAGAAAUGCACUACAGUCUUUCCCUGAAUGAUCUUUUGUCAUGUUUCUUUCAAUCAGAGAAGUGUGCCUUGUUGUAUUUUAGUCUCAGGUAACGUAAUAGAUGUAUUUUGCUACACAGGGACCGUCGCCCUUUCUACGACAUUUACCAAAGUGCCUGUUCAAAUUCACCUUUUAUGAAAAUAAUAAAGGUAUGAUUCUCUUCA